CUCUGGCAUCUCAGAACACAAAAAUGAUUUCAUCCAUAGUCAUUUCACAGCUGAUUGAUGAGAAUAAAUCAAAAGAAAAUGGGGCCGAGUUGCCUGUGCCGUGUGCGUAUCCCAUGAAGCUAUCGCUGGCUAAUCGCAGCGGAGUCACUAUUAACAGGGCCUUCGAGUUCCUUCCCGGUAGACUAGGAAUUCAGACGCCGGCGGGGGAGCGAGGACCUGCGACAGAGCCGCCGCGCAAGGAGGAGAAGCCGUGCGGUGGCUCCCAGAAGGGAUUUGCUUCCAUCACCAUCACGGCCAGGCGCGUGGGGCCCCCUGCCAGCACCCUGGUGUGGGAGGCUGUCGGGGACCCGCUCUGCAUCAAGUGCAGGGCCCAGGAUGCUCUGCUUGGGGACCCCUCUGCUCUGGCUGGUGGUGCCGAUCCAAGUCGGCACCAUGGACCUUUCACCUGUACAGAAUUCUCCAGAAACAGCUCUGUGAUGGGGCUGAAGGUCCCUGAAGCCCACGCACGGCUGUGUGAGGGACACGAGUACUGGAUCACCAAUGUGGACAGCAGGGAGGACCAUUUUUCUCCAAGCACCCCACGGUCACAGGAGGGAAAGAGCCCGCUGGUGUUCAGCUCCUGUGUCCAUCUCAGAGUGUCUCAGCCGUGUCCAAAUUCCGUCUACUAUCUGGACAGGUCCCUGUCUGUCCCCAUUGAGCCACCUCGACUCGCUGGCCCUAAGAUGCACAGAUCCGUUCUGUCCCUCAACCUAAAUUGCAGUUCACACAGACUGACACCAGAUGGCGUAGAUGGCACAGCUAACGGAGAGCCAAUAAGCAGCGCCUUGAAGCUGGAGCUCACGGAGGGAAACCAAAACCUCCUAGGCCCUCGCUGGAACCUAGGUUUGCAAGAAAGUUUCUUGAAGGAAAACCCAUCGUUGGGGCGGGUACAUUUGGGGACCGCGGGAACCGGCAUGUGUCCUUGGAGAGGCUCUCCUUCACUGGAAAAUACAGCUGCGGGAAGUAACCAGGUCACUGUGAGAAAAGGGAAGGAGGACCACGCAGCUCGUUGUCACACCGGUGGUCAUGGUCACGCCAAGCAACUGUCCAUUCACAUCCCGGGCUGGAGCUACACGGCAGGAGAUUACACGUGCUGUGACUUGGUUGUUAAAAUAAAGGAAUGCAAGAAGAGUGAGCAGCCCACCACGCCCGAGCCCGAGCCAGCACCCACUGAGCCAGAAACCCCCCAGGGACCAGAGACCCACGACCUGCCGGAAGACUGUUCCAAGAGCCCGCAAAUGCCCACAAGCUCCUUGACCUUGCAGGAGGCCCUGGAAGUCCGCAAACCUCAGUUCAUUUCUCGCUCGCAAGAACGUCUGAAGAAGCUAGAACACAUGGUACAGCAGAGAAAAGCCCAGCAGAAGGAGAGCCUGGGCCAGAAGCAGAGUCUCCUUCCUGUCCGCGCCAAUAAGAAGCAGUUCACCGUUCCCCACCCUCUUAGCGAUAACUUGUUCAAACCGAAAGAAAGGUACAUUUCAGAGAAGGAGAUGCAUAUGCGAUCUAAAAGAAUCUAUAAUAACUUGCCGGAAGUUAGAAAGAAAAAAGAAGAACAAAAGAAAAGGGUGAUCUUACAGAGUAACAGACUCCGGGCCGAAGUCUUCAAAAAGCAAUUACUGGACCAGCUCCUUCAAAGGAACGCAGUCUAACCACAGGCUGCCCUGCUGACCCUCUACCUGGACCUGGGACGACUUCAAACGCUGGAUAAGCCAUUAAACUUAGCAUUAUCUUCAUGACGUGAAAUACUUAUUUUACUUUUGAUUUUUUUUUUUCCAUAAAGGAAAGCAUAGCUUCCCGAAUUGCUGACCCAAACCAAGCAGAAACAAAACUCCUUGAGGAAAUGGAUCAUCAGACCGCAGUGGGGUAAUCAACUCAACUGAACCCACUCGAUACGGUCCCUUCAUUUUUUUUACUUCUGAAUUUUAUCUUUUGCUUCUGGUUUUUCCCCCUACCAUUUCCACUCAGGCAGAAAGGUCUUCUAUGCUCAAGCGGGCUUAGAUCCCUGGGAGCUGGGGGUUUUUUUUUCAUUGAAUUUCUAGGACCUAAAAUACAUCACUUUCAAAAUACCAAUCUCAACUUCUGCCAGUUCUGCAAACUCCAAAUUUGGGGAUAUCACACAGUGUGUUUGCAACCUCUCUGGGUGUGUGUGCCAUGUAAUACUGAAGGCAAACUUUGGAACUAGGCGGGCGCUCUGCCAGGGGCUGGGGACAAAUGACCUGUUUCUUGGUGACCUGGGGUGAUCAGAGCAGCCCUCACUACUCCCACCCUACUCCCAGGACCUGCCUUUGUUUAGCAGAAGAGCCUAUUUCCAUGGAAGCCAUGAGGGCAGAAUUGGCUGAAAAAAGUUGUAGGUAACUUCAGUGUUUUCUGUAAACCGUCCAGCCCCCAGAAAGAGCUGUGUUGCUGAAAAUGGCCUGAUGGCUCCAACUCUAACGUUUGUUCCUCCAAACAAUUACAAUGUCCAUUAUUUAUAAAUGUGCAUUUGGGGAGUGAAGAGCAAUAGCUUUAUCAAAAAUGGAAAUAAAUGCAAUUAUUACAAAAAUUAAAGUAUUGCUCUUUUCCGUGUUCUGUGUUAUGAACCAAGCAGCCAGUACAGAUGGUGCUCAGAGAGAAAUGUCACCAAGGUCCAGUGGGGACCUCUGACCUGCGCCUGUGCCACCACCUUCUGACCAUCACAGCCCCCAGGUCAGGGCCCUUGUUCUUCCCGAGGCCUGGGGAGAAGGUUUUCCCCAGAGAGCUGGCAUGAGAGGUGUCAGGAUGUUGCUGAGAGCAAGGUUAGGAUCCUGAGGUCCCCACAUCUCACCAGGAAUCUCCCCGGGAAUGAGAAGGCGGUUUAGGGGAUUAGGCAGGAGCACUGGUGACACUUCUGCCCCUUUCCCUCCUCCCACGGCUGCAUACA